AAGGCUGUAUUACUUUGUUGGCUCUCUCAUUUGGAAAACUGGACCAAGCAAAGAGAAUGCACUUCUACAGUCGGAUCAUACUGAUUGUUUUUGUAUGUGCAUGCUUAUUUUGUCUAAAAUGGAUCUUAGAGACUCAAGAGUCUUGGCAAAUACGUGAUAUUCAGGCACUGCCAACACAGAUGGGCAUUACCCUCGAUACUUUCUUGCAUGUUCAACAGCUGAGAAAACAGAAAAUGAAAUAUUUUUGUGCUGGAACUUCACAAGCCCAAAAAGUACUUAAGAGUCAUUUGUCAAGCCUGGUGGCCAACGAUAAGUAUGAGGUCAUUUACUGUGACAUUCCCCACACGGGAACAGGUAGCUGGAAACAAUUCCUUAAUACCAUAGAAGAUAAAGAAGAAAUUACUUUAGACAGUCCCGUUUCAAAUGGUCAUAUAGCUGCACCUUUCACUGAUUUGAGAGACUACAAUCUAACCAUGGCAACUAGACUCUUGCAAUCAUACACCAAGAUCAUUUUUAUGAGAGAUCCGUUUCAGCGCUUACUGUUACAUUACCUCCACUUUUUCAGCCUUCAGACUAACUUUAGUGAGUUCAUACAGCACAUUUUAAACAAAGGCCAUAGAAACAAUGUGAUGUGGGCACCACUGGUUAGCUUAUGUUACCCUUGUCACAUUAAGUAUGAUUAUAUCAUUAAUUAUCACUUUCUCCGAGAAGAAAUGCAUUACAUGAUGAGACGAUUGGGGAUGUUUGUAAAGGUUUCAUACUCUUCAUUUGAUGAUAAUACUUUUCAGGGUACCUUCAAAUGGAUGACCAAUCGGUACUUUCACAAUAUUUCAAAAGAGCAAAAGAAACAGUUGCUGCAGUAUUACAGUCCAGAUUUACUUGCAUUUCAUCUACUAAAGCUUCCGUGGAAUUGACAUUUUUCUUUUUUAGAAACUCAUUGUUCUAUAAUUCUGUGCUCUUUUGUAUGAAUAUUUAGAAAGACAGUACAGUCACGCAUCAGAAUUGGCAGACAUCUGAAAGCCCUACUGUGUCGUAUCAAAAUAUAUGUCUAACAUCACAUGUACAUAUAUUUGUGCAUUUGUUGUCUGUACAGACUUCUUGUAAUCUUAGCAUGAGAGAAACAGAGGUAAUGUACCCCAUAGUCUAAAGGAAAACUUCAGUAAAGAUAUCUGAUAAGGAAAACAAAUGAACUGAUUAAAUCUGAUAAAUUCAUUGUAUUAUGAAGCUUGUUAUUGUAUGGCAAAUAUAUUUAUUUGGAAAUGCAACUUAUGAUAUAUUUUAGACUGAAGAAAUUAUCUUCAUUAAAAGAUGCAAAAUGUAGCAAAUAAUGGCUACAUUUCUAGUUACAAUAAUUUUCCAGCAGUUGAUAAUGUAAUGCAAUCCAUCUUAACAGCAAAGUACAAAAGGCAGUUGCAGGCAUGUAACAACAACAGUAAAAUGUAACUCUUGACACUUGCAGUGCAUUAAGCAACUGGGAUAGUAAGCAAAAUAACUGCCUUGCCUUUUUUUGUACCAGUGUUGUCAUUUCUAGAAAAGUACACACUAAGCUAACAAGUCAUACUCUGACCUUUGCAAUGCGAAAAUAGAAUGAAAGGCUGUAAUUGUUUUGCGUGUUUCACAAAUGCUAUGAUGUUGUGUUUUAACAUUAAACAGUUAAGGUAG